AUGGCGUUGACAGAUCGUACACAUGAGGCGCACUCAAAGCUCAAUUACCUCCAAAUUGAUAUGGGUAUGGCAUAUCAUCAAGAUACGAUAACAAUUAUUAGCAAGGGUUUAGAGGUGGAGCUGGUGAAGAUCCUAACUAUCUUCACCGCCAUUGAAUUUUCUUGCAACAACUUUGAUGGUCCUAUACCUGAAGAAAUUGGAGAAUUCACAUUGUUAUAUAUUCUCAACUUGUCGCAUAAUGCUUUCACAAGCCAAAUCCCAGCAUCUUUGGAAAAAUUGAGUAAUCUUGAAUCACUAGACCUUUCAAGCAAUAAGCUUUAUGGUAAUAUUCCUAUACCACUUGCCGAUGGUCUUAUUUUCCUAUCAGUUCUUAACCUUUCAUUCAACCAAUUGGUGGGACAGAUUCCAAUCAUCAAGCAAUUUGCUACAUUUUCGGAAAAUUCCUUCAAAGGAAACAUAAGAUUAUGUGGUUUGCCAUUGAAAUCACAAUGCUCACAUGAGGAGCCACGAUUGUCAUCUUCAACAUAUGAAGAAUUUCAUAGGAGCAUAAUUGAGUGA